CAUCACUGCACUUGCCCUCAUUCACCUUCUGUCGUUCUCUGUUCGCUGUCAGCUGCAUACCUAGCUGAGUGACGCCGUUGACGUCUCUUCACUCGUUUGCGGGAUGUCCUCACCGUUCUAAGUCUUUCUUUGUUGCCGCCCACAGCGAGUCUUUCGUUGAGUGACACUUUCGCAGCGUUUGCUGUGCGAGAUCACUUUCUUUUCCUUGUCCUCUACGGCCUCUCAAGAUGGCUUCGUUCGUUCAGCCUGUCGGGGGAGACACGCUCGGGGCCGAGUGCGAGGACUCACGCUUUCGGGUGUACUGCAGCAGUAUACUGCCUGCAAACGAGAGAUUCGCGAUCCUGUUCCAGUUUAUAAACUUCACGUUGGGUAUUACGGCCAUCGCCGUCCCUCUUGUUCUCUUCCUCAUCUACUAUUAUCUGCAGUAUCGUAAAUUACAAUCCCGGAAGAUACCAACAGCCCGCGCAAGACGCCGCGAUUCAGAUGCCUCCUCGACUAAUAAUGGACUCCCCAUGCACUCAUUUCGUCCGACGAAGUCGUUCACCUUCCUGUCCGACACGGCGUCGUCGGCGAUGUCGGUUCACCGCGACUCAAGAGCCUAUGACCUCGUCGUCCUGCCUCUGGACAUGAAGGGCAGCGUCGCGGGACAGGAUGGAGACUCACGAUCUUCCAUCUGCACCACCAACAACGAAGGUGUCAUCGCCAAGAUGGCCUUGGCCAGUGUCGACAUCGACUCGUUCGGCUCGGAUGCUCUCGAACCCUCCCAGAUCGAGGCCACCGCCGACUUUCUCGCCGAUACCUACCUUCGCAACAGCUUGGCUGGCUUUGCGCUGUCAUGUUCGAAUGCGAAGAAGCCUGAGCAAAUGGACGGUCUGCUGGAACGACUGUAUCGCUCUAGAAUCCCCGUCAUUCUCUCCUGCGAGCACGACUCCGAAGCCCUCGACUCCGUCUGCCUCACCUACGCCUCUGGUCUUAUCAUCGAAAACGCCCUAAUUCUCCCCAAUGGCGAACGACGAGAUUACUUCAGGGCGCGGCGUUUCCGACACAUCAUCGGGCGGGCCCACAAGGAACGUGAGGAGAGACCUGAUUUCUUCAUCGGCUUUCUGGAUCGCUGGGCACGUCGGCCUCACCCCGCAACAAUCCGCAGAGCUGUCAAGUUGGCUGAGCACUUCGGUGCCGUCAUCGAGCAUGGCCCAGUUGACCCCAAUUACAUGCUCAAGGUUCCAAUCACGAGUGCGACACAGACCCUCAGUGGCUUCGAGUAUUUGCGCCGGGCCGAGACAAUUGAGCUCCAAAAAUCGUGGGUCUCUGAGACAAGGAGGGCCCACGUUCCCAACGGCUCGCCUUUCGAUACAUUCGCCUCGCUCCCUCUUGACGAGCUCGACCGUGUUAUCCCCCGCGCAUCUCAACUUUUGAAACCUCGACGUCUGGGCGCUGCACUCCAAGCGAUUGCCGAGGAAAAGCCUGAAUUACACUCGUCACCCGAUUAUGUCGAUCUAGCACCCCCUCGAAGUAGCUUCUGGACCUCGUCUAGCGAUGGCAGGACAUUGGCGAGUAAGGGUUGUUUCCCACUCACCUCCGAACCUCACGGAGAGCACUACGAAGCUAUCGUCGACACUCAGACUCACCUCAAGGAUUUGAACAUGUUGCACCCCGUUGAGGCCAGCGAAGAGCAGACCCUGGUGGCCACUCUCUCAGCUAUGACUGAGCAAGAGGGCUGCAACCCCGCUGUUCACGACCUCAUCAACUCUCUGGUUUCUCAUCAAGUCCGUAUUUACAAGGGCAUGGACACUGGUUUCCGCGUCCCAGACAGUGACGCCCACUUCUGGGGUGUCUCAAAGGCUCGCGAGGGAUGCGUCGAGAUCUAUGUCUCACAAAAGGCUCCCAGCGACGCAGCUGUUGUUCUCCACACAUGGCUGGCCCACCAGCGAACUCCCCGCGUGCGACGUUACGAGCAGGAGCUUCUCUUGGAGCGCGCCAACAACGACAGUAACGAGUCUGGUAUUCCGUUGUGCAUCAGGUCCACCAUUGAGAGUGCCACUUACUCCGAGGUUCUCACUUUCGUCCAGAAAUUGCGCGUUUCUAACCUGGAUCACCCCAUGUGUGAUGCGAUGAAGGAGUACUGUUGGACUUACCUCAUCGACCAGACCACCAAGGCAUCAUGGACUCUGACUUGCGCCGAAAAGGUGCUCGAUGGCUCGCUUUCCAUGCAACAGAUUCUUCGAAUGCGCCUUGAGCACUAUGUCCGACUAGGCGCGACGGAACUCCCUGCCCUCGAUGAUCUCGUUACCUUGCACAAGCUCACCGAAAAGGCCGUCGAGGAUGCUCUCUUCUUCGGACAACGAGAGACUCUCAACUCCCUAACCAAGGCCCUGCUCCGCGCUUAUGACCCAUGGAAGUCGUGGUCUGAAUGUGAUUACGUCGACAUCAACGCCGAGCUCUUCGCCAUCAUUUUCUUUAGCAUCCUCCGAGGAGCCGCUUUUGAGGAGGUUUACAACGAGUCUACCGAUCGCUGCCCCAUGUUCCUCUCCCAGCCCGACCAGGCUGCCGUCUUUUCUGAGCUUUGGAUUCUUGGAUCUCAAUGCGAUAUCUACUUUGGCCUCCUUCCUCGCAACCUCGGCAACAUUGUUUACCAGCGGUACCGCAGUUUCCUUGCAGAUCGCCCUCCCACUGCCGCUGACCGACCGAACGACGAAAUUAUGACCAUGUACUUCAGCCCCGAUGCCGCACCCCCCGUCCUCAUCAUGGGGGAAGAGGAACCCAUCCCUGGUGCUGUCAAGAUGAAGCGCACCCCCCACGAGAUUAUGCAGGAGUGGAAGAAGCGAUUUGCGGAGGCUGGUGCCAUGUCUAUUUUCUGUGUCCCCGCUAUCGUCGACGUCCUCUUGCUCACGUUUCUUGGACGUGGUUUCUUCAUGACUGCCUUCAUGGGAAAUGAGAAUAUCGAGGCCGCUGGUUACGCUUUGCUUGUCUCACUCCUGCUGACGGCUGGUGUUACCGGCUGGGUGGGCAGCACUGGAAACUACUACCUUGCUCAUUACGCGUAUGACAACAUGGUCUACUUUCAUGUCCAGAGGCUCUCGGGUGGAUUUUUCCUAACUCUCCUGAUCUCAAUUGUCGGCUUGAUCAUGUUCACCGUGCGGUUUUCGAUCGGCACUGGUUUCGUAUUUGUGGCCUACCUCGUCUGCAUUUCAACUCAUUUCAACCUGCUAGGCAUAAUGAGCGCCAUGCACCAGCUCAACAGCCCCAUUACUUCUGGCCGCAGCGUCCUCCUUCAGAAUAUGCCGCUGCUUUUGCUUUCGCCUCUCAUUUCUACCUUUGUCAGAAACCAUGACUUGGAGAUCUACAUCCCGAUUAUGUUUACUUACGUGUUUCUCACGCUGUACCGUUACCGCCGACUCUGCCACGAAUGGUCUAACUGGAUGGACAACAUUCCCAAAUUUGCACAGAAGGACAUCAUCGAGUGGUACACAGCGAGACUGGCCCCUGAGUCGUGCGACGAGGAUAUCAAGGAUCAGGAUGCACUAGCAGUCGAGACCUUCGUUGCAGUCUUGGAGUCUUACCAACGCCGUACACGGGAAGCCAAGGUUGCCCGGGUCUUUGCGGAUCCUUUCAUUGGGCGAAUUGCAAAGGGCAUGCCCUAUGUCGACUGGCUGUUCAAGAAGACCAAUCCCAAUGGUGACCACCCCGAUGCGUUCAGCACAGCUUGGUUCACCCAGCUUAAUGAGUCAAAGAACCAACAAAGCAUGCUGGUUAGAGGCCUUAAGGACCACAACGUCUUCACUCUUUUCCGUCUUGCCAGGUAUGAUGUUGGACAGACCCUUGGCUUGUUCUUGGUCGCCCUGAUGGACCGCUGGGUCAUGAUGGUCUGGAGUGCUGGAGGGCCGUACGAAGUCAUUUACCGCGACCCCCGAGCCCGCUUCGGUAUCUGUCUCGCUAUCAUCUACUUUUGUGUGGCUGCUAUGCUUCUUGACUCGACUCUGUACAAGUACUGGGGACUCCGUGACACCAUCUCCAAGGAAAAGCUGCGCAAUUUCGACCAUGCUCAGAACCUCGCCAAGGAAUUCGAGGCCUAUCGCCGUGCUAGCAUUGUCAAGGCGCUGUCCGACAUUAUGUCCAAGCUCUUGUUUGUGUUUGGUAUCACGACAAUCCUUAUGUGGGUAUUUGUUGACGGCUGGAAGGUAAUGGUCUUCUAUUACAUGUACGUCGUCGGCUACACGUGCUCCAUCCUUUUCCAGUUCAACAGAUGCUUCACAACCAAUGUCACAACCCACAUCUCCAUCAUCAUGAGCUCCGCCGUCCUCGGGUUCAUUACGGGUUGUGUGCUUCACGUGCUUCCCGCCACUAAAGACUCCCUUUUCAUCGACCUCGCGGCGCAAAACACGGCCGCCGUUUUUGCUGCCCUCGGAACAUCUCUUUGGACCUGGAAGGACUGGGCCGCUCCCUCGCCCACUAGCAAGCGCUCCGGCUCUCGCGGUGACGAUUCCGAAGUCUUUGUCCAGCACAGGCUCAGUGCCGAAGAGUCAGUGCACGAGAAGGCUCCCAGUGCCAAUAUGCGAAAGAACUUCUCCGGCAUGAAGAUUUGGAGUGAAGAUGGAAAGAUCCCGUCCAAGAAGAUCACCAAGAUGUUGGGACGCAGUCUGGAAUACCCCAACCAGCACUGCGACUCCGCGCCCUGGUCCAGGAAGCUUAUGAGAACCGCGCUGGAAAUGUGGAGUGAUCGCAAGAUCACUGUCAAGGUCGUCAGUCGAGAAGACUUUGGCCGAGCUGGCUUGGGCGAGCUGAGUGCCUUUAGCUCGCGCGAAGGCGAUGUUCUCCAACUGACUGUCGGUUUCAUGAAGGAGGCCGAGCUAUCUCUCCCCGCCUGGCAACCUCUCUUGUCCACCGUCAUCGGCGAGUGCAUCCUCUACCAUGUGGCCCGUUCCGAGUUCCGACUUUCACACAACCAGGCCGUCCAGGCUGAGCACUUCCUCCAAGGUACUGAGAGUGUGUCGAAGCGUAUUGAAUUCGAGCUCUCCUUUGAGGACGUCCAGCACCUGAAUCGCCUCGUCCUCAAGACUGAGAUGGAGAUGAUGAAGCAUCUGUGCUUGGACUUUAACGUCGACGCUGAUUGGGAGACGACCCCCGAAGACGUUCGCGUUGCCAUUCUGCGCCGCAUCUCUGGCGAGCCAGUUGCUAUGUCCUCGGUGUUCAACGACUGGGCGGCUUUGUCCAAGGUUAACCUGCACACUGAAGACUUCCAUAUCAGCCUAAUUCUUGAGGUCUAUCAGAAGUGCCAGGAAAGACUGAGCCAGGUCAACACUUUCGCCAGCGAUGGACAAGGCACUGUUCCCGAAACCCCCGCCGAGUUGAGACCUGUCGUCAUCGCCACAACUCCCAAGACCUUGACCUUCCUCCAGAGCAUUUGGAGCAAGAUUAUCUCGGUCCCAUUCGUCUUUGUCAAGUGGGUUGCCAUCAUUUCUGGUGGUGGAUCCAACAUGGAGCGAGAGCUUGUGUACUGCCUGCGAAACGUGCCUCUACGAGGCGUCUUCGUCUACAUCCUCGUGUUCAUAUGGAAUUGCUGCCGAAAGAUGAAGAACUUCUGGGUCUACUGGAUUCUCAUCUACCACCGCCCUGCUCUGGUCAACAUCUCGCGUCUUGCACAGAAGGGCGCGCGACGCAAGAUCCUCAAGAGCUCUGUCAUCGUCGAGCUGCCCCGAAAGACCAUCACUGGUUUCGCUGCCACCAACGAAAAUGGUACCAUGAUGCUGCGAGUUUUCGCUGGGGCUCUCAAGGACGCUCCCGCUGACGGCAAGGCUUUGUAUACUGAUACCUACGACGAUGAACUUCGCCUCAGGAGUAGAGAGGAUGCCAGUGGCGGCUUCUCCACCUACCAGUAUGACUCUGGCGUCAACUCGCGUUGGCCAAUGAGCAAGGUUAUUGCCAAGGACGACUCCCGCAGUGUUGGUUAUUAUGACAAGUACGGCCGCGUGGUGCGAGGUACAUGGACCCUCGGUGAGACCGAGUUCGUCUUCCAGUAUCACUACAAGUCUGUCCCCAAGGGUAACGCCGAUGUCCUCCGCGCCGAUUUCAAGCUGGCCCACGCGUCUUCCGAUGACAUGCUCUCCGUCUUCUGGGGCAAUCCUGUCAACACCGAGGAGUACACUUGGGUUCCGUCCAAGAACAUUGGCCUCAUCAUCAAGAAGAUCGGCAACAAGACGUAUACCAGCCAAUACGAGUACCUCCACCGUCGCGACCCAGACAUCACUACAUUUAUGGAAGAGAACGGCAUCAAGAUUUCUGUCCUCAACUCUCCCGAGAUCUUCCCUAAUGAGUCUUCUUUGAUGCCCCGGCCCAAGAAUCUGUCUUUUGAUGCGGAUGACUUGCUCAUUUACCAUAGCACGCUUCAGAUCCGCCAGAUGCGUCGCUACGCAGGUUCUACCCCCACUCUUAUCUCGUCAAUGAACCCGAUUUCCUGGAUUGUCUUGUGGAGAUCACGCAUGUAUGGCCGUGUGCCUACUUGGCGUAUCCGCACUGAGCUCUGGAGCCACUGGCUUAAGAGUGGUACCCUCGACGCGGUCACAGCCUGCUGGAUGGACGAGCUCGUCCUUCGUGAAGAGUUUCUGCUUCGUCAGUACUGGAAGGCUAGAGACACCGGUCGCCUUGACGAGGCUCGCCGCGCCUUGGAUGCCAAUAUUGUCCAGAUUGUCGCUGCCAUCGAAAUCGAGACGGAUAUCUCUGAAGUGUCCCUUCUGACCAUCAAGACUUCGGAUCUUUACGCUAUGGGUCUCAGCAAUGAUGCUACCCAAGUUACCGCUCGACCCCAGGACUGCUUCAACGAUACCAACGAGCGUGUCUCGGUCAUUUUCAACGAUAUUGGAUGCUGGCCUGUCGCACCUGGUGGAGUUUCCAACUGCCGACGUGAUCUGGUCAACGGCCACAAAACCAUCCGCAACCACGUCCUUUCUGAAUGCGCCAACGAUUACGGUAUCCCUCGCUUCCAGAUCGAGAAAAACGUCCAGUCCCUUAAGUUGCUGCCUCUCUGGGGUAUUGACGGAGGUACCGCUAACCACGGCGUCAUCGAAAACAUCCUCGAGUCGCAGGUCGACGAGAAGGUGGCUGAUACUGACAUCCAGCGAGAUAUUGUGGGUGUUUUCGUGCCGCUUCUUAUGGAGUUUGUAAAGGGCGCCCGCACCAAGCGCCUUUCUCGCGCCGACCUUAUCAAGUACAGCAACACUUUCUUGUCGAUGGCCAAGUACUACGAGCUCAAGGAUUACGCCUUCACCUGGCAGUCCAAGGAAGUUGAGGAUGCCUGGGUCGCAGCCUGGCUCACGCACUACGACGACACCAACAUUACCAACCCCUCUCAGUGCUUCGAGAUCGAGCGCCCUAGCAUCCCUGACUUCCGAACUUGCCUGGGCAUCUACAAGGCUUACUUCUUCAUCUUUGCCGUCAACGUCCCCGAAGAGUGUCCCCAGGUGUUCCAGAGCACCCACCACGGUAUCAGCAGUCUGUUCGGUCUUGUCCUCAAGUACCGUCGCGGUGCCAACUUUGGUAUCUGGGACCACGCUAUUCUGUGGCGUGAGUGCUGUCUUAACAUUAGCGCUGCCCAGAGCGAGCUUCCUCUGUCUGUGCAGUCUAUGCUUCUCGCUGGGAUGGGUCUCGCUACCCGUCUCGCCUACUUCCACGCCGAUGUCAUUACCCCUUGCGCAUCGCUAUUCAACCCAAUGUGGGAGGCCGAGAUCGGCACAGAGAAGGGAACCAUCAGCAACCGUAACCAAUUCUGCCGCAAGAUUGACCCCAUCGUCAACGGUAUCAGCAACAUGGAGUCCUUUACACCCGUCGACAAGAUCCGUACUGAUACGCCUACCGUGGUCAUGUUGUCCAACGUGCAAGUCAUCAAGGGCGUCAAGGCGGCCAUCCAGGCGGCUGAUAUCAUCAUCAACCGCUUCGGCUUUACUGACUAUAAGCUCGUUGUCUACGGUGCCAAGGACCGUCAGCCAGCAUACGCGCUGGAGAUGGAGAAGUUUAUCGUAGAUCACAACCUCGGAGGCAAGGUCAUCCUGGCCGGCUUCGGCAACCCCAAGGAGGUGCUGAAGGAUGCCUGGCUGUUCAUGAACUCGUCCAUCUCUGAGGGUCUGCCUCUCGCCAUUGGUGAGGCGGCACUGGCUGGUGUCCCCAUUGUCGCUACCGAAGUCGGCGCCACAGCGCUCGUCUUGACCGACGUCAAGAACCCUGACCAGCGAUACGGAGAAGUCGUACCACCCAACGACCCCAUGGCAUUAGCCCGCGCACAGAUCUCCAUCCUUGGCAUGGUCGGCCCAUGGACGCAGUUCACCGACGAAGCCCACAUGAAGACAGAGGCCCCUCAGCUUCCCGACGAGAUCACCCCUGAAGACGUCACAUGGCUAAGCGAGCGCUUCUACCAAAAGUCGGAAUACCGCCGAAAGCUGGGCUUGCUGUCCCGCGAGGUGGUGCUGCACAGCUUCCACGGCAACCGCUACCUCCGGGAGCACGAACAGAUGUUCUGGAUUCAGUCACACCAGAGCAAGAUGAGGAAAGACUACACACUCGCGAUGCAGACGGAACACCGGUUCAAGUUUGGAACACCAUCGCCACUGCGGUACUGCGAGGACGAAUCCAAGCGAUUCGUGGUUGACCCUUCAUGGGAGAGGGAGGAAACGAUGCUCCAGCGAGUCAAGUCUACUGCUACCAACAAGCUGGGGACGAUCAGAGAGAAGAGUGUGAGGAGGAGAAGCAAGCUAAUGAAGAAACAACCGCCACCUCCGCCGUGCCCGGUAUAAUGAAGAAAAGCGAAAGGGAACUAGAAGGAAACUGCGAGGCGAAAUGGGAAACGGGAAAAGAUUUAAUUGUCUUGAUGUCCUUGACUAUUUUAUUCAUUCAUUUAAUGUCUUGCCAGCAUAUUAUAUUAUAUCAGAUAGAAAUUGUCCAUAGUUUAGCGUACGCGCACACAUGGCACGCCAGCCUAUUUAUUUACUUAAUCAUGUCGAUCAUAGAAUUAUGAACAAUCUAUACACAGACGUACACAUGCAAAUACUCAAAUGACAACCUAGGUAUUC